UUUAUACAAUAAAUCACAGUUUUGAAGAUAUACAAAGGUUUAUAUUAAAGGACCACAUUGUCCAUCAUCCUCACUUAUAUUUUAAGCAGUUGAAAAUUUAAUUUCCUGUUAAAUCGACGGUCUCUUAUACUGAAUAAUCUCUCGUACAUGUGUGCAUAUGUGCUCGUACCAAGAAGCUCUUAGGUGUUUAAAAAUAUUCAGCAGAUGUUCCAUAAAUAAACUUACAUUUUAACAUGUAAAAAAAAGAUAUAUGUGUGAGGUAUAUAUAUAGUAUAACUUUAAGUAUCACAAUAUUUUUUUCCUUGACUUUUUUCUAUUUUGUAAUUUAUAACAAUAAAAGAGAUGGAAAAAUUAUUGAGGUAGCUUUAUUAAGAAACGCGUGACCAUAAAUUUAUCAAAAUUUGUAGUGUUGAGUUUUACCAAGACUGAUACAAUAAUUUUAAUGUAUAGUACUUUUUUCUUCCUUGAAAUCAAAUGCCAGUUAUUGCCAGUAUACACAGCCAGAUAUAUAUAUAUACUUAUAUGAAAGAGACACAGAACCUAAAAUCACAUUUAUUUUGUGAAAUAACACAAUUAAACCUGAUCAAUUACAAAUAGUUAACACUAUCAGAGAUAAAUUAUUUUGUAUAGUAGAAUAGGAUACGUUAGUGGUUCUUAAUCUUCUUUUUUUUUUUUGUUUAUUUAUCUCUGUGGACCAUUAUGGGAUCUGUAUGCUACGCUGUUGCUUCCGUUCCGUGGACCACCCGAGGAAAGUUGGGGACCCAGCAAUACAGUAAUCGUAUGAAUAGAAAUGUGGAUGUGUCAAAUUAUCUACGUUCUUGGAUUUUAAAUGAAGAAAAUAUAGACUGGAGAUACAUGUGUGCUGAUAAAGCGAAUGGUGUAAGCAGUAUCAAGUGAAAAUAAGUACCUGUACCAUGGUGAAACGGUUCCAGGCUUACCUACCCAACUGUCAUCGUACGUACAGUUGUAUACAUUGUAGGGCUCACUUAGCUAACCAUGAUGAGCUAAUUUCAAAGUCAUUCCAAGGAAGUCAAGGUCGAGCCUAUCUCUUCAAUUCUGUUGUUAAUGUGGGUUGUGGACCGGCUGAAGAGAGGGUACUCUUGACUGGCCUCCAUGCUGUUGCUGACAUCUACUGUGAAUGCUGCAAGACUACACUUGGUUGGAAAUAUGAACAUGCUUUCGAGUCCAGCCAGAAGUACAAAGAAGGAAAAUAUAUCAUUGAGCUGGCCCACAUGAUUAAAGAAAAUGGUUGGAAUUGAUGCUGGAUGGAGGUUCUAUUUAAGGCAAAAAUGGAAUUGACUUUAAGAAUCCCUUGACUGUGUGUUGAUUCUGUUUUUAGAAGAAGAAUUGGCGGAUGUAUCCGUUUUCUUAUCAGAGGAGUAAACCCGUCAUCCUUUUUUUUUUUUAAACGAGCACCAAGUGUAUCAUAACUACCUUACCUUUAAGGUUAACAACUUCCAAGUUUUGUACAGCAGUCAAGUGUACUGCUGGUACUUUACGGCAAGCGGCAUUGCUUUCUUUCUUGUUCAAUUCUAAUGUGAUCUGGCUUCAUCUUUCUAAGAGUUUUUGCAACAUCAAAGUGUAUUUUUUAUUCAAGCUUUCAGUGCUUGCAACAUGUAUGGCACUGUGCAUUCAUCGUAUGUAGAUAGGUGUUAAAAAUUAGUCAUGGUGAGGCAAUGAAAAAUCACUUUUUGUACAUGUCAGUCAUCAAAUGUCAGUGUAUCUCUUACAUAAGGUUGUGUGGUUUACUUUGUUUUGGUUCUGUUUAGCAUCUUUUUUUUUUCUUAUUCUUAUAUUAAGAGUUGUGAGCCAUACGGUUUUGUUUUUAAUUGUAAAUACAAUUUUUUCUGUGUGCAUUUUUUUAUCGAUUUCAUUCUGGCUUUCAGGAAAGAGUUUCAUAUUUUGUAAGUUAAUUCCAGUGAUCUUCUUUUACUGUUCUUAAAGUAAUAGGUACUAACAUAGGGUUCUCUCUUUCUCUCAUAUAACAGACAGCAUGUGCAUCUCUUAUUAUAAAGUCGGUAUUUUAAUAUCUUGUAAUCGAGGCUAUUAUACACUUCUCUCAUUUUGCUUGGGAUUAUGUCCCUGUCUUACAUUAUGUUCAACAUAUCAUCAUCGUAUUAACCCCGUUAAGCCUUAAAAAAUUUAUAAUUAUAUCAGUGUGCUUGAGCUACUUUAGUUUUUAUAACACUGCUUGCAAAGUUGUAUCAUCAAGCAUUUUUUUAGUAUAAAUACUUAGAGAUGUUCCACCAAGUUAUCUGUUAAGCAGAACUGAUAAAACUAAACUGAUUUUGCCUUUGCGUUUAGACUGUUUAGAGGAAUCGAAGCUAUGAUCAGGGGUACAGUUUCUAUGAUUACUAUUAGAGAUGUAUUGUACAUUAAUUUUGACUUAGUAAGGUAGAAAUCACAGCAAUAUUAUAAGUAUUUUUCAACUUAACUUCAAUGAACCAAGAUACAUAUACCGAUGCAACAACUAAUAAGUGAGCUAACGCAGUUUUUAAAAAAAAAGUUUCAUCUCAAUUUAUCAUUUGACAAAUAUAAUCUGAAAUUUAUUUCUAUAUAUUAAUUAACUGUAGUUUUAUCGAGUGUUAUUAUAUUCAUAUAUUAGCUUAACAGAAUAUCUUGGUUUGGAAGUGUUAGUAGUCACUUGUAUCUUUAGGCAAAAUUAGUUUACACACUCGUAUAUUAAUUUGGCUUAUGCGAUACGAGUCAAAGAGACUUAAAAAAGUAAACACAAGUAUUCUUAUAAAUCUUAGAGAUGAAAAUUAAAGCUAACAAUCUUUAUUACUGCAUGUGAAAAACUAAAUAAACUUAAAAAAUAAUAUAUUUUGUUAAGUUAUGUAUUUCUGAAUCUCUGAAUGUAUUUGUAUUAAUGUACUUGCUGUCCAGAAAUUGUGUUAAUAAAAUUGAUUAUUUUUUAUUUCCAAA